AUGCAAGCUCCUACUAGUACAGCCGUACAACCACUUUCUACCGAUGACCAAGCUCCGCCAUUGCCACUGAAACCACCUCCAGAGAAACCACCACCACCAUCACCACCGGUACGCCACUAUAAACAACACCCUAUACUUGGCAUGCAAGUGCUUGUCUGGACCGUGCCGUUCUUGUUAUGCGCUGUUUUACUGAUAUGUGUCGCACAAUACGAAUUUACAGCAGACGAUGCGAAUAGCUUGGAAGGUUUUUCACUCACAAAAAUGGUCCACACUCCAAGUUAUAUCAUGUGUAUGUCUAAUUGUGUUGACCUUGGAUCAAUGUGCGCUGCGGUCAGAUACAGUGACAUUAGUGACGUAUGUAAAAUAACUGCUGAAAAUAUUACCCGUGAAAACAGCGCUAUUUUGGGACUUUUUAAAGAUAAGUUACAAAAAGCGUUCACAGAUGAAAUUAUGAUUCACAGAAAUCCAUGUGCCAGUAACCCUUGUAAUAACAAUGGUUGGUGCGUUACAGUGAAUGAAGACCAGUACAAAUGUAUUUGCAAAGUUGGAAGUGGAUACACUGGAAGGAAUUGUGAUGUUUCAGAUCCAGUUACCACAGAUGUGUGGGCGGAUUGGUCAUCAUGGUCCGACUGUGGCACUACCUCGGGGACUGGUUAUCGAGAAAGACGUAGAUAUUGUAUUCAUGAACCGAACAAUACAACUUUUAAGCAGCGAUAUUGUAUUGGCCAGGCAGUACAAUUUAUUAGAUGCCAUGUAGUUAUUGAAGUAGUGAAUGCAGAAAGGUUGUAUGGAUCAGACAGUAUUGGUAACGGUACUCUUCGCGUAUUCAUAGAAUGGCUUGGACAAUGGAUUGAUGUUAUCGGCAUGGAAGGCUGGGGUUUUCAAGUCGCUGUGGUUGCUUGCAGACAUCUUGGAUUUACAAGUGCAAAUUCCACAUGGUCAGGCAAGAUACUGUCAUUGGGAAUGGAAGUUGGAUGUGUGUUAAAGUGUUCGGGCAAUGAGCUGUCUCUAUACGAAUGUGAAUCCACUUUAAUACGUGAUGAGAUCAAUACAUUUACCGGGAUAACGUGCACCAAUGACGAGUGGGAUUCGUGGUCUCCAUGGAGUCAGUGUACAUGUGGAUUUCGUAACCGUACACGAUCAUGUGUUGGUGCAACGUGUGAGGGAUCAUCAUACCAACAGUUACAUUGUCUUAAAUAUGUCGAUGCAACAGAUUUGACACAUGGUGAUGGUGUAGUUGCGAGUCAGAUCAGCAACUAUUACGGGUACCUUGCUUUACUCGCACUUGACGGCAAUAGCAAUCCAGACUUUUCAGGAACCCCUCACUGCAGUCACACCCUGGAAAGUCAAGACGCCUGGUGGAAGGUGGAAUUAGCUCGAAUUUAUACCAUCACAAAUGUUAUAAUAACCAACAGACUCGACUUCAGAGAACGUAUUGAUGGCGCUGUGGUGUUGAUCAGUGACCAGGCAGAGGUAUUCGGCGAGCAGUGUGGGGACCAAAUCAACUUUGCAGCUAAUUCGUACUCGGUAACUAUACCAUUCGACUGCUGCUUAUCUGGCCAAUAUGUCUCCAUAGUAUUGAAAGGGCGUAAAAACUUCCUUACUCUCUGUGAGGUGAAAGUUUACGGUCACUAA